GGGUCGAGCCCGAACCCCGCUCGGAGCCCUGGGAAUGGGAAUUAAUUCCCAUAAAUCGGAGGAAAUUUGGAAUAUUCUGGUGCAAAUACCCGAGUUACCACUGGGUUUGAUGAAGACAAGGGUUCGUUGCUUUGUUUCCGCGAGGAAAAUGGUUUAUUUGGGGGUUUUGGGGAAUCUGCCAUGUCCAACCACCCUCCAGCAGCGGACGGGAAUUGCUUCUACAUCCUGACUGAGGACUGUGCCUAUGGAAACAAGUAUUUCCAAGCUGGGAACUUGUGCUUCUGCAGCGAGAGGAGCUACCUGCGGAAUUUUUCCGAGGAUGGGCCUCCAGCUUGCUUCCUGAAGGUGAUCAUGCUGGAUGACAGCUCCACAGUCACCAUCAACCUGGAAAUCCUGCAGCCCGUGCGCCAGGAAGCUGCCGGAUUCCUCCUGGCCAUCGGGAGCCACAGCGAGCGCUUGGAUUUUUUCCUGGAGAGGCUGAGCCUGGAAGGAGCUCUCCGAGCCGUGCCAGGUCAAAAUGUGAUGGUGGAGGUGGAGAGGGAAUUUUUCCCGGGAGUCGUGCGCUACAUCGGGAGCAUCUACAAGCCCAGCUUGGCUGCGCUGACUCCGGUGUUUUUCGGGGUGGAAUUGCAGGGAGAGGGGGAAAACAGAGGGAGAAGUGAUGGAUCCUACCACGGCACUGAGUACUUCAAGUGCAAGAGGAACUGCGGGAUCUUCCUGCCCUUCAGCAAAAUCCAGUUUAUUCCCACAUCAGGCAACGAUUAUGGGAAGCAGAAGCCGGGAAAACAGGACACAGAGGAGGAGGUUCCUGUGAAAGUGGGAGAUGCUGUCAGCUUCUAUGUGGAUGAGAUUCCCACCAAAGGAAUUGCCAUGGCAGUCUACAGGGAAGGGAGCCAAUGGUUCGUGAAGGUUUGCCCGGAAGAAGAAGGAACAACUGACAUUUUCAGGGAAAUCCCCAUGGAGUCUGUUGUGAAGGAGAGCUUGCAAAGUUUUUUCCCAACGUUUGAAUCCGACGUGGGCUUUGGAAAAGCAAACCAAGUGAAACAAGAGAUCAGCGAGAGCAGCGAGGAGGGGGAAGGUGGGAAUUCACCCCUGGAAGUGAAUUCCAUGGUCCAGAUUACCUUGGACAAAGGGAAUCAAGUUUCAGGAAUCAUCCGCUGGGUGGGCUACCUGCCCCAAAUCAAGGAAAAAAUGGCUGGAAUUGAACUGGAUGAAGACAAGGGGGUCACAGCUGGAGAGUGGCUGGGCAAGUCCUACUUCCACUGCUCCCCGAAGCGCGGCCUCUUCGUGAGGCUGAACUCCUGCCAGCCCGACGUGCGCUUCCAGAGCUUUCCCAACUCUGCCCUGUCCCUCGGGGAUUACAGAGGACAAGAAGUUCUUCCAGAGGGUCCAGAGAGUUUUCCUCCCCUCAGGAAGGAGGCAGCAGUCCGUGUUCUCCAAGGGCGGAUGAAGGGCAUCCAAGGCCAUUGUAAUUCCUGCUACAUGGAUGCAGCUCUCUUCAGCCUCUUCUCCUGUACCUCUGUGCUGGACUCCAUGCUCUUCAUGCCCUUCCCACUGUGUGACAGGAAUGUCCAGGGAAUUCUGAGGGAUGAGAUCGUCAAUCCCCUCCGAAGGACUGGCUUUGUCAGGGCCAGCAGUGUGAUGCACCUCCGGGAGCAGCUCACGGACAAGGGCCAGUGCUCCAGCUUUACCAAUGCUGAGAAAGAUCCUGAGGAGUUCCUCAAUCUCAUAAUGCAGCAGAUCCUGGGAAUUGAGCCACUAUUGAAACUCCAGUCAGGAGGCCAGAAGGAGCAGGAGUGUUACUGCUACCAGAUAUUUAUGGAUAAACAGGAGGAUUUGGUGGUUCCUGACGUGCAGCAGUUGGUGGAACGCUCCUUCCUGUCCUCAGAUCUGAAGCUGGUGGAGAUCCCAUCUUGCUUCAUUAUCCAAAUGCCACGUUUUGGGAAGGAAUAUAAGAUGUUCAGCAAAAUUAUCCCUUCCUUGGAGCUGGAUAUAACAGAUCUGCUGCUGGACAGUCCUAGGGAAUGCUGCCUGUGUGGAGAUGUUGCCACUCUGGAAUGCUCAGAGUGUUUCAAGGACAAGGUGUUUGCAGCCACAGGCCUGAAGCAGUUCUGCAACUCCUGCUCCAGACAGGUUCACUCCCAUCGCCGCCGCAAGGCGCACAAACCCAGGAGGCUGCACAUUCCAGAGGAAUUCCAGAGCUGGAGUGCCCGAGGCUGCCAGCAGGUCCCACGGGAGAAGCUGGAGCUGUUUGCAGUGCUCUGCAUCGAGACCAGUCACUACGUGUCCUUCGUGAAAUACGGCCCUGGGAACGAGCACUGGAUGUUCUUCGACAGCAUGGCCGACCGGCACGGUGGUGAAAAUGGCUUCAACAUUCCCACGGUGACGCUGUGCCCAGAAGUUGCCAAAUACCUGGAUUUGCCCCUGGCUGUGCUGGCCCUGGAGCAGCCUCGGGACAUGGAUGGGGUGGCCAAACGUCUCUUUUGUGAUGCCUACAUGUACCUGUACCAGAGCAGGAAAAUGGCACUUUACAAGUGACACCACCCCGGGUCCAUGUCACAGAGCAACAUCAGCAGUGAGAUUUUGGAUCAUCCCAGAAGGUGGAAGCAGCAGAGUCUGGAUGUUCUGAGCUGCCUCUUCUUGGUGUCAAAUUAUCCACGUCAGGCUGGGUUUGUUAAAUCCUGGCUUUAUCCAGUGGUAGUUGGUCCUUGGGCACAGCUGGACUUGGAAUUAUUGAUGCUCAAAUUCAUUUUUAUUCCCCACAUUCCACAAUUCUCCCUCUCCAGGUACUCUGCAGCUGGAGUGUCCCCCCAUCCUUGUUUCCCUUCCCUCCAAAGCUGGGGACCAGCAGAAAUCAGAGCACAAGGAAUUACCCACAGGUUUACCAGGAAACCACAAUCUUUCCUUAAACAUCCUCACCUGGAUUUGUGGAGUGAGGAAAAUCAAGUCAGGAUCGAUUUUUCCUCACCUGUGUCCCUCAAUUCCCUGCACUUCCCUUAUCCAGCACUAACUGGCACUUUUACCCACCACCCCUUAUUUCCAAUCAUGGAUAUCCUGAGCUGAAGCUAUGCUUUAAAAAUAAGAUAUUUUUCCGAGAACAAAACUGGAAGAUGGGAGCAAAGGAGCAACAUUUGGGCUCCUACUACUUCCUCUUUUUUUGCAAAAUCUGCACAGGAUUCAGUAUUCCAGCCUCACUUUUAGCACUUUCUGUCCCAUCUUUGCUUCCACUUCAAAGUUCUGGGAUCAAAUACCAGAAUUCCAAGGGCAAAAAUGGAAAAAAAAAAGAGCACUCUGGGAUUUUCUGUAGGAAGUUUUAGGGUUUGGGUGGGAACUGGUGUUCCUUAAGUUAAAUAAAUUUGUAAACUUGGGGGUUCUCUGCUAUUAA